CGUGUGCCUACUUUUAACGUCUUGUUUGUUUUUUUUGUAAUACUUUAAAUAUUAUUUGUUAAUGGGACCAGAUCUACAGCCACCAGGUACCGAGUCCCCGGGUAAUUCCUUUAAAAUGACGGAAGAGGAGGAAGCUCUUCGAGAGAAAGCCAAAAAAUGGCAACAGCUUCAGAUUAAACGUUACAGUGAAAAACGCCGAUUUGGUUUUGUGGAAGCACAAAAAGAGGAUAUGCCUCCUGAGCAUAUCCGAACUAUUAUAAAAAGUCACGGCGAUAUGUCCAGUAGAAAAUUUCGUCACGAUAAACGCAUUUACCUCGGCGCCUUGAAAUACAUCCCCCACGCCGUUCUUAAACUUCUUGAAAAUCUUCCCAUGCCGUGGGAGCAAGUCAAAGAAUGUAAAGUUUUAUACCACGUGACUGGCGCCAUCACGUUUAUAAAUGAAAUUCCUUGGGUAAUAGAGCCCGUAUACAUCGCUCAAUGGGGGACUAUGUGGAUUAUGAUGCGUCGAGAAAAAAAGGAUCGUAAACAUUUUAAACGGAUGCGGUUUCCUCCUUUUGAUGAUGAAGAGCCCCCUUUAGAUUAUGGUGACAAUGUUCUGGACGUGGAGCCUUUGGAGGCGAUAUGCAUGGAACUUGAUGAAGAAGAUGAUGCAGCCGUGUACGACUGGUUUUAUGAUGCAAAGCCUCUGAUAAAUACGAAGUUUGUUAAUGGAGGAACUUAUCGAAAGUGGCAUUUGACACUUCCUAUUAUGUCUAACUUGAGGCGUCUAGCUUUUCAGUUACUCUCGGAUUUCUCCGACGACAACUACUUCUAUUUGUUUGAUUUGAAAUCCUUUUUUACUGCAAAGGCCUUGAAUAUGGCGAUUCCUGGAGGGCCGAAAUUUGAGCCUUUGUACCGUGACAUUGAUCCUGGGCAAGAAGAUUGGGACGAGUUCAACGACAUUAACAAGAUUAUUAUACGCCACCAGAUACGCACAGAAUACAAAAUUGCGUUUCCUCAUUUAUAUAACAGCCGCCCCCGGAAAGUUCAUAUUGGGUGGUACCACACUCCCAACGUUCUUUACAUUAACCCUGAAGAUCCGGAUCUUCCUGCGUUUUACUUUGAUCCGCUUAUAAAUCCUAUUUCCCACCGGAAUACGCUUCAAGUGAAGACUCCCGAAUUUGAGUUCGAGUCUGAUGAGGAAGACAUUCGUUGGUCGUUGCCGCCUAGCCUCGAAGCGCUUCUUUCCGACGUCCCUCUUUACACGGACAGAACGGCCAGCGGCAUCGAUAUCUACUGGUCGCCGCGCCCCUUCAAUCUUCGUUCCGACUUCACUCGAAGGGCCGUAGAUAUUCCCCUCGUCAAGUCGUGGUACAAGGAGCACGUGCCCCUCGGGCAUCCCGUGAAAGUCCGGUUGUCGUACCAAAAGCUGCUUAAAUGCUUCGUCUUGAACGAGCUGAAGCGGCGCCACCCGAAGGCUCUUCGCAAACGCUUCUUGUUUCGCUCCUUCAAGGCCACCAAGUUUUUCCAGACGACGGAAUUGGAUUGGGUAGAGGCUGGGCUGCAGAUCUGCCGGCAGGGCUACAACAUGCUGAAUCUUCUGAUACACCGGAAGAACCUCAACUAUCUGCAUUUGGACUAUAACUUCAAUCUGAAGCCUGUAAAGACACUCACCACAAAAGAGCGCAAAAAGUCACGCUUCGGAAACGCCUUCCACCUCUGCAGGGAAAUUCUUCGCCUCACCAAGCUCGUGGUCGACUCCAACGUCCAGUUUCGCCUCGGCAACGUGGAUGCCUUUCAGCUAGCAGACGGCAUUCAAUACAUAUUUGCUCACGUGGGGCAGCUAACGGGCAUGUACCGCUACAAGUACAAACUCAUGCGCCAAAUUCGCAUGUGUAAGGACUUAAAACAUCUCAUUUACUACCGAUUUAACACCGGUGCCGUGGGGAAGGGCCCCGGUUGUGGCUUCUGGGCGCCGGGAUGGCGGGUUUGGAUCUUUUUUCUUCGCGGUAUAGUCCCCCUGCUGGAGCGCUGGCUCGGAAAUCUGCUUGCCCGCCAAUUCGAAGGCCGCCACAGCAAAGGCAUCGCCAAAACCAUCACCAAGCAACGAGUGGAAUCGCACUUCGACUUGGAGUUGAGGCUUUCUGUUAUGCAUGACAUUCUGGACAUGAUGCCAGAAGGUAUCCGCCAAAAUAAGGCCAGGACCAUUCUUCAGCACUUGAGUGAGGCUUGGCGUUGCUGGAAAGCUAAUAUUCCUUGGAAAGUUCCUGGGAUGCCCAUCCCCGUGGAAAACAUGAUUUCACGGUAUGUCAAAAUGAAGGCUGACUGGUGGACAAACACGUCGCACUAUAACCGAGAGCGAAUCAGAAGAGGCGCGACAGUUGACAAAACUGUCUGCAAGAAGAAUCUUGGGCGCUUGACCCGCUUGUAUCUGAAGGAAGAGCAGGAGAGGCAGCACAACUACCUCAAGGACGGCCCGUACAUGUCUCCCGAGGAGGCCGUAGCCAUGUUCACCACCACCGUCCACUGGCUCGAGUCGCGGCGGUUUUCUCCUAUUCCCUUUCCGCCUCUCUCCUACAAACACGACACCAAACUUUUGAUUCUCUGUUUGGAGGGCCUCAAGGAAGCGCACAGCGUGAAAAGCCGCUUAAACCAGCAGCAGCGCGAGGAACUUGGCUGGAUCGAAAAGGCCUACGACAAUCCGCACGAGACUCUCUCCCGCAUCAAGCGCCAGCUCCUCACUAUGCAGUACUUCAAGGAGGUCGGGAUUGAAUUUAUGGAUCUUUACAGCCAUCUUAUCCCUGUCUACGACAUCGAGCCGCUCGAAAAAAUUACAGACGCAUACCUCGACCAGUACUUGUGGUACGAAGCCGACAAGAGGAGACUGUUUCCCCCGUGGAUUAAACCCGCUGACACCGAGCCCCCGCCGUUGCUCGUCUACAAGUGGUGCCAGGGGAUCAACAACCUUCAGGAUGUCUGGGAGACGUCGGAGGGCGAGUGUAGUGUGAUGCUUGAAACCUCUUUGAGUCGACUAUGCGAGAAAGUUGAGCUGACCUUCCUGCGGUCGUUGCUUCGGCUCAUCGUCGAUCACAACAUUGCAGACUACAUGACUUCCAAGAACAACGUCGUCAUAAACUACAAAGACAUGAACCACACGAACGUCCACGGCCUUAUCCGGGGCUUGCAGUUCGCCUCGUUCAUUGUUCAGUACUACGGACUUGUCAUUGACCUUCUUCUUGCGGGCAUGCACCGGGCCAGUGAUAUGGCCGGCCCGCCUCAGCUACCCAACGACUUUCUUACGUACCAAUCUGUGGCCAUUGAAACAAGGCACCCCAUCCGGCUCUAUUCGAGAUACAUCGACAAAGUGCACAUAUUUUUCCGGUUUACUGCUGACGAAUGCCGGGAUCUGAUCCAGCGGUUCCUAACCGACCAUCCCGACCCCAACAACGAGAACGUGGUUGGCUACAACAACAAGAAGUGCUGGGCACGGGACUGCAGGAUGCGGCUAAUGAAGCAUGACGUGAACUUGGGCCGUGCGGUCUUCUGGGACAUGAAGAACCGCCUCCCACGUGCUGUGACGACGAUCGAGUGGGACGAAAGCUUUGUGUCAGUGUACAGCAAGGACAACCCGUCGCUGCUGUUCAACAUGUGCGGCUUUGAAGUCCGUAUUCUUCCCAAAUGUCGAGCGUCUUUCGAGGAAAUGUCUCAGCGCGACGGCGUGUGGAACUUGCAGAACGAAGUAACAAAAGAGCGGACCGCACAAGCUUUCUUACGGGUUGAUGAUGCCAGCAUGGCGAAGUUCAACAAUCGCGUCCGGCAAAUAUUGAUGGCCUCGGGCUCUACCACGUUCACAAAAAUUAUUAAUAAGUGGAACACGGCCCUGAUUGGCUUGAUGACCUAUUUUCGGGAGGCGGCUGUUAAUACGCCGGAGUUGUUGGAUCUCCUUGUGAAGUGCGAGAACAAAAUCCAGACUCGCGUGAAGAUUGGGCUUAACUCAAAGAUGCCUUCCCGCUUUCCUCCUGUGGUAUUUUAUACACCCAAAGAGCUGGGUGGGCUGGGAAUGCUUUCAAUGGGCCACGUGCUAAUUCCCCAGUCAGAUUUGCGUUGGUCCAAGCAGACGGAGACGCAGAUCACUCAUUUUCGGUCGGGCAUGAGCCAUGAUGAAGACUGUCUGAUUCCCAACUUAUACCGGUACAUCCAGCCUUGGGAAAGCGAGUUUAUAGACUCCCAGCGAGUCUGGGCGGAGUACGCCUUGAAAAGACAGGAGGCUGCCCAGCAAAACAGGCAUCUGACCCUCGAAGAUCUCGAGGACAGCUGGGAUAGGGGCAUCCCUCGAAUCAACACGCUAUUUCAGAAGGACAGACACACCCUCGCGUACGACAAGGGGUGGCGCGUCCGCACCGACUUCAAGCAGUAUCAGGUCCUCAAAAACAACCCCUUUUGGUGGACUCACCAGCGGCACGAUGGAAAACUUUGGAAUUUGAACAACUACCGCACGGACAUGAUCCAAGCCCUCGGGGGCGUAGAGGGAAUCCUCGAGCACACGCUCUUUAAGGGCACCUACUUUCCCACAUGGGAGGGUCUCUUUUGGGAGAAGGCCAGCGGCUUCGAGGAAAGUAUGAAAUACAAGAAACUCACCAAUGCCCAGCGAUCGGGGUUGAACCAGAUCCCCAACCGCCGCUUCACAUUGUGGUGGUCCCCCACUAUCAACCGGGCAAAUGUCUAUGUGGGCUUUCAAGUCCAGCUCGAUCUGACUGGCAUCUUUAUGCACGGCAAGAUCCCCACUCUCAAGAUAUCGUUAAUUCAAAUUUUCCGGGCGCACUUAUGGCAGAAGAUACACGAAAGCAUUGUAAUGGACUUGUGUCAGGCGUUCGAUCAGGAGUUGGACCCGCUUGAUAUUGAAACUGUCCAGAAAGAGAGCAUUCACCCCCGCAAGUCUUAUAAGAUGAACAGCUCGUGCGCCGACAUUCUACUGUUUGCCUCCUACAAGUGGAACGUGUCGAAACCCUCGCUUCUGGCGGACAGCAGAGACACGAUGGAUAGCACCACAACAGCCAAAUAUUGGCUCGAUGUCCAACUUCGGUGGGGCGACUACGACUCCCACGAUGUUGAACGCUAUGCGCGAGCUAAGUUUCUUGACUAUACAAUGGAUAAUAUGAGCAUGUAUCCGUCCGGCACUGGCUGCCUGAUUGCCAUUGAUCUUGCCUACAAUUUGCACUCGGCUUACGGCAAUUGGUUUCCUGGCGCGAAGCCCCUUAUACAAAACGUGAUGGCGAAGAUCAUGAAAGCCGAUCCGGCACUGUACGUCCUUCGCAGCCGCAUCCGGAAAAGCUUGCAGCUUUACUCAUCUGAGCCGACCGAGCCUUACCUGUCCUCACAGAAUUACGGCGAGCUCUUCUCCAAUCAGAUUAUUUGGUUCGUUGAUGAUACGAAUGUCUACCGUGUGACAAUUCACAAGACUUUUGAAGGCAAUCUGACUACCAAACCCAUUAACGGCGCCAUAUUUAUAUUUAACCCACGCACUGGAGGCUUGCACUUGAAAAUCAUUCACACGAGUGUCUGGGCGGGCCAGAAGCGCUUGGGGCAGUUGGCCAAGUGGAAGACGGCCGAGGAGGUGGCCGCUCUCAUUCGCUCUUGCCCUGUUGAGGAGCAGCCCAAGCAAAUUAUAGUGACGAGGACGGGCAUGCUGGACCCGCUGGAAGUGCAUUUGCUUGAUUUCCCCAACAUUGUUAUUAAGGGAUCCGAGUUGCAGCUUCCCUUUCAGGCGUGUUUGAAGAUCGAAAAGUUCGGUGAUCUCAUUCUCAAGGCGAUGGAACCGCAGAUGCUUCUGUUUAACCUGUAUGACGAUUGGCUGAAGAGCAUCUCCUCGUACACGGCUUUUUCCAGGCUGAUCCUUAUUUUACGGGCCCUCCACGUGAACCCGGACAAAGCGAAGGUCAUCUUGAAGCCUAACAAGACAACUAUUACCGAGGCUCAUCACGUGUGGCCGACGCUCACUGAUGAGGAAUGGAUGAAUGUGGAAGUGCAGCUGAAGGAUCUUAUAUUGGCCGACUACGGCAAGAAAAACAACGUCAAUGUCUCUUCUUUAACCCAAUCAGAAAUACGCGAUAUCAUUUUGGGGAUGGAAAUAUCUGCGCCCUCUCAACAGCGCCAACAGAUUGCAGAAAUUGAGAAGCAGACGAAAGAUCAGGGACAGCUGACCUUAAAAACCACACGCACUGUUAAUAAGCAUGGCGACGAAAUGCUCGUUACCACCAACGUCGCCCAGUGGUCAGGCACCUUCUCUUCUAAAACGGAUUGGCGCGUACGGGCAAUUAGCUCCACUCUUCUACACCUCCGAACCAAUCAUAUCUAUGUGCUGUGCGAUAACGUGAAAGAGACUGGUUAUACCUACGUGCUCCCUAAGAAUAUACUGAAGAAGUUUAUUAUAGUCGCCGACCUGAGAACGCAGAUUGGCGGGUAUCUCUACGGCGUGCAUCCUCCCGAUAACCCGCAGGUCUACGAGGUGCGCUGCAUUGUCAUGCCGCCCCAGUACGGCACCCACCAGACCGUCCGCUUCCCCAAUAAGUUACCGCAGAACGAGUAUUUGGACGACUUGGAGCCGCUUGGUUGGAUCCACACCCAGCCGGAAGAGACUGGAGGCUCGUAUCUAAAUCCUCAUGACGUAGCCACCCACUCGAAGAUUCUUGCGGAGCAUCCGGAAUGGGAUAUUGAGAAGGCGAUAGUCAUGACGUGCAGCUUCACGCAAGGCUCGUGCUCGCUUUCUGCAUAUAAGAUUACCCCAUCCGGCUUGGAGUGGGGCAAGAGUAGCCGCGAUGCCUCGAACAUUCAAGGCUACUUGACUUCCUUUUUCGAGAAUGUCCAAAUGCUCCUUUCCGACCGUUUUCUCGGCUUCUUCAUGGUACCUGCGCUCGGCUCGUGGAACUACAACUUUCACACUUCGCAUGACCCCACCAUCGACUAUGAUCUGCAACUCGCUAAUCCGAAAGAAUAUUACCACGAAGUUCACCGUCCAGAUCACUUUUCCAACUUUUCUAAAAUUGAAAAUCGAGACGAUUUAAACUUGGAUUUUGAAAAUGUAUACGAAUAAAAGCAUGA